CAAUAAAUAAUAAAUUACAAUAGUGCAUGUGUUCUCAAGUUUAGUUUUACUUUUAGGGGUGUUUCUGUACUUAUAAUUUGUUAUUGUAUUACGUACAAACUUUAUUUUACUUGGAAACUAAAAAAUCAUUCAACAUGCCUGAUGCUGAUACCAAAGCAGUUCUGAGUUCUAUUUAUACGUCCGAAAAGAAUGGCAGCGACGAGAAUGGAGACGGAACUGAAUCCAAACCAUUCAAAACAAUACUUCAGGCUAUGAGAAGUGCAGGUAAAGAGCCAUUCCCUGAAAUAUAUCAAGAUGCAAAAGAAGAGAAUAAAAAAUAUGAAUUGGCUGCUAAAUCGCAAUUAAAAAAGGUUCAAAAAAUUUGGGUGAGAGAGCAAUACAAAAGUGAAGAUAAGCAAAAAAAAUUGCAAGAAGAUGAGGAAAAAAGAAUAAAAAAUUUAGAGGAGGCCAAGUCUAUUGUGAUUAAAGAAGAUAAAUCUUUACCUGAAGCUAUACUUGUCAAAAUCAAUCGGGCACAAAAGCACAUUGAGCAAAGGGUUAAAAUUUUUGGCUGGGUCCAUAGAUUGAGGCGUCAAGGGAAAGCAUUAAUGUUUAUUACUUUGAGAGAUGGAUCGGGAUUUUUACAAUGCAUAUUAAAUGACAAAUUGUGUCAAACAUAUGAUGCUCUUGUGCUCAACACUGAAGCUUCUGUUCAAUUAUUUGGUACACUGAAACCUGUUCCAGAAGGAAAAACGGCUCCUGGUGGACUCGAAUUACAUGUUGACUAUUGGAAACUUAUAGGAAACUCUCCACCUGGAGGUGCUGAUGCAAUUUUAAAUGAAGAAGCUCAACCUGAUAUCCAGCUAGAUAACAGGCAUAUAAUGAUUAGAGGAGAAAAUACUUCCAGAAUCUUAAUUAUGAGAUCGGUAUUAACUCAAGCAUUUAGAGAUCACUACAAAGACAGGGGGUACUGUGAAGUAACUCCUCCCACUCUUGUACAAACCCAAGUUGAAGGAGGAUCAACUUUGUUUAAACUCGAUUACUUUGGUGAGGAAGCUUACUUAACUCAAAGUUCUCAACUUUAUCUUGAAACGUGCAUUCCUGCAAUGGGUGAUGUUUACUGCAUUGCUCAAUCUUACAGAGCAGAACAAUCGAGGACUCGAAGACAUCUUGCCGAGUACUCUCAUGUCGAAGCAGAAUGUCCUUUUAUUACUUUUGAUGAUCUUCUGGAUAGACUGGAAGACUUGAUUUGCGAUGUUGUUGACAGAGUUCUUCAAUCACCAAUGGGAUAUCUUGUGAAAGAACUUAACCCUAACUUCCAAGUACCAAAGAGACCAUUUCGGAGAAUGGAUUAUUCCGAAGCCAUCGACUAUUUGAAAGAAAACAACAUCACCAAAGAGGAUGGAAGCUUUUAUGAGUUUGGAGAGGAUAUUCCCGAAAUGCCAGAGAGAAAAAUGACUGAUCAAAUCAAUGAGCCUAUUAUGCUGUGUCGUUUUCCAUCAGGGAUAAAAUCAUUUUAUAUGCAGAGAUGCAAAGGAAAACAAGGUGAAGAAUUAACCGAAUCUGUCGAUGUUUUACUUCCAAAUGUAGGAGAAAUCGUUGGUGGAUCUAUGCGUAUUUGGGAUCAUGAUGCUUUGCUUGAAGGAUACAAGAGCGCUGAUAUUGAUCCAAAACCCUACUACUGGUACACUGAUCAGAGAAAGUAUGGAACCUGCCCUCAUGGAGGCUAUGGUCUUGGUUUAGAAAGAUUUAUCUGUUGGCUUCUUAACAGAUAUCACAUUAGAGAAGUUUGCCUUUAUCCUCGCUUCUUAGAACGUUGUCGCCCAUAAAUUGGAUGCAAAAUAUUGUAACAGCCAAUUUUUCUAUUGAAUUAUGAAUAAUAAUUGAUUUAUGUGAUAUGAA